AUGUUGAAAAAGGACUCCACUCUCGUCAGUGUACUGAAGCGGAAUGUACCGUUUGCUGUAGAACUCUCGUCACGCAGAGUAGGGCCGUCUGUCGCUACUGGAGUACUGUCACCGUUCGAGUACUCACAGUGUGCCGCUCCCAUCGUUCCCGACAAGAAGAAGAAUGGAACACUGCGCAUCUGUGCUGACUUCUCCACGUGCAUUGAAGCUGAACCGACACCCGCUGCCUACUGCCGCGGACAUCUUCACCAAGCGAUGGAGGAACCGUUUUCACGAAUAUCGACCUUCAUGCUGCUUACUUGCAAUGAAGCCGUUGCCUACCUGGAUGAUGGGGCACGAAGGAAUCGCGAAGAGCACGAUGCGAACGUCUUCAAGCUAAUCCAGCGUCUUCAAGACUGUGGGAUGCGUGUUCGCCGUGAGAAAUGUUACUUUGCUGAGCCUAGCAUAGUGUUUUACGGUUUCAUCGUCGACGCGGAAGGAAGGCGCCCGACUCUGAGAGGAUUGCCGCCAUCGCCCAUAUGCCACCGCCCCGACAUCUGA